AGGUCAGUCUGUAGAUGAUUUUCCUCUGUCUGGUAAACGUCUUCAGUUUAUCUGAAAUGUCUGUGUUAAUGUCUCCGCCGCCGCUCAGACCUUUGCUCAUGUAUAUAAACAGAAUUACAGCCUCGCUGAGCUGAUUAUGGGUGUUCGAGUCUCCAGAGGAACAAUGAUGUCUGUCCUGCAGAUCCACCGCUCCGAGAAGGACAUCUUGCAGAGCAGAGCAGCGGAGAUACAGAGGGAGAUCCAGCAGGGUGAGAGAAAGAUCUUCAGUGAGGUGCUGGAUCUGUCUUCAGGAGAUCUCCACGGCGGUGGAAUAAAGCCCAUCACCUUUGUUCGGCAGGUUCUGGCUGCUUGCUCAUAUCCAGCUCUUCUGGAGGACCAAAGUCUGCCUUCAGAUGUCCGGCAGAGAGCUGAAGACCUGCUCAGAGAGUGUGCAGGUGGAAGUGUGGGUGAGCUGCUCUUCAUGUGCUCGAAAUACAUUUACAUUUAG